CAUUUAAAUCGCAAACCAGAAUGUAAUGGACAGAUUUUUUUCUAUUGAUAUAUCAUAGAUUGAAGAGGAUUUGCUUGUGAUUUAUUGGGCUCAAAAGCUGUUUUUUAUUUCAAUUGUUUUAUGAACAAAGUGGUAAAUUAUGUGCUUCUGAGAACAAAGGAUUUAAACUCGAAAGUUUAUAGAUAAAAUGAUAUCAGCAGCGAAAUUUCAAAAUAUAGUUGGAUUAGUAAACAAGUGAAUUCUGUUGAAGCAGUUUAACGGAAGUAUAUAUGUAACAAAAUGGAGAAUAAUACCUCAACAAUUGUUAGCAAUUGUUCAGAAUUAAACCCGAAUGAAACAAAUUUUGGGUCAUUGAAUACACCGUUGGCUACCUUUACGGAACAGGAAAUUUCUAUACAGGAAUUGUACGAUUAUAUUUACCCACAGACAAUAGAAUGGAUUCUUAUUGUGACUUACGCUUUAACGUUUGUCAUCGGUGUAGUAGGCAAUAUAUUAGUGUGUUUUGCUGUCUGGAGGAAUAAGGACCUUAGAACAAUUACAAAUAUUUUUAUGGUGAACUUAUCAAUAGCUGAUUUAUUAAUACUUAUAUUUUGUCUUCCGUCGGCACUUUUGGUAGAUGUGACAGCGACGUGGUUUCUUGGGACUAUACCCUGUAAACUGCAUAUAUUCCUUGCUACAUUGACUAUAUCAGUAUCUGUGAUGACACUGUGUGCCAUAUCCGUCGAGAGAUGGUAUGCCAUAUGUCACCCUCUACGUUUCCAUAGCACCGUGAGACGCGCGAGAUAUAUCAUUGCUAUCAUCUGGUUAGCUUCAGUUGGUGUCGCCGUUCCAGAACUUAUUACAUCAACAGUAGUACCUUUACGAUCAGACACUGUUUUGUUGUCAGCAUGUUAUCCAGCUUUGUGGGACGAUGAAAGCAUUGUUAUUUUCCAGAUUUGUUUGAUGGUUGGACUUUAUUUCCUGCCUAUAGCUGUCAUGGCCUUCAAUUAUAUUCAUAUCGCAUUAGUCCUCUGGAGAAGCAACACAUCUGAAACUAUUGAGCUAAGAGCUAGAAAACCAAUGAUCGGUGGUGGUAUAAGAGUACAUCAAAAUGUUGGACAAACUGAAAGUAGAAAGAAAGCUGUCCGAAUGUUAGUGGCAGUUGUUAUGCUGUUUGCACUUUGUUUUCUACCUAACCAUACUUUAAAUAUACUAAGAUAUACCGGACAACUUCAGAACGUGCCAAAUAAACGGAUAUUUGCCCUGUUUGCACAUUGGGCAACAUUCUUCAAUAGCUGCAUUAAUCCUGUCAUCUACAAUUUCAUGAGUGAGUCAUUUAGAAAAGCGUUCAAAAAAGUUGCAGUGCAAUCGUGUUUUAGAUGUAAGAAAAAACGAAGACAUUGGCAGAGACCCAGUUCUUAUCACAUGACUUUUACCGGAAGUAGAAGUGUUGGAGUAAGAUUUAGUCGUAAUAUCAGCACCUGA